UGUUUCAGAGUUUCAGGUGAGAGCAACUGAAGAGAAGGCAAGCAAAAGUUUUGUUCUGGUUCACUCUGUCAGGCCACUUGGAAACUACAUUACCUUUGGAAUAUUGCUGUGCAGAAAGGUUUAUCAACAUGGUCACUUUGGGAAAGUGCCUUACAUGCUCAAGACUACAGUUAGCUGUGAUGUUUGUGGUAACAGUUUAUCUGAAUACAGAUGUCACAGUGGCUAUGCAGAUAACAUCCACAGGGUCUCAGACCAUUCAGAGAGCCCAGGGGGAGACAGUCAUGCUGGGAUGCACCUACACCCCUGCCCCCUCUGACACAGGAGAACUGGACAUUGAGUGGUUGAAUGUCCAUCCAGACAUGACCCAGAAAGACCAGCUGGUCAUAUCUUAUACAGGAGGGCAGAAAUUGCAUUACGGGGACCCCAGCUUGUCUAAGAGGAUGGACUUCACAGGAGACCCUGCACUGGGAGACGCAUCCGUCUCCAUCUCUACAGUGAAAGCCUCAGACACAGCCACCUACCAGUGCAAAGUCAAGAAGGCACCGGGUGUCGACAUGCGAAAAGUCACUCUGGUAGUGAUGGUCCCUCCAUCAGUGCCUAAGUGCUGGGUUGAAGGCGGCGAGGUGAAGGGAGCCGAUGUCUCCCUCCGAUGCAAGUCAUCCGUGGGAUCCAUCCCCCUUAACUAUGUCUGGACCAGAGAGAGUGGAGGGGCCAUCCCGCCCACAGCAACACAAAACUCUCAGACUGGAGAGCUGAUGAUAAGAAAUCACUCAGAGAGCUACAUGGGAAAUUAUCUGUGUGUGGUGUCGAAUCCUGUGGGCAAAGAGCAGUGUAAAUACACCCUGCACGCAUACAACCCUCCCAACAAAGCAGGGAUCAUAGCGGGUGCUGUGAUUGGUGCUCUGCUACUGUUGCUCUUCCUCCUGCUUCUCAUCUGGCUUCUGGUCUGCUGCUGCCACAAGCGUCGCUAUGAGAAGGAGGUUGCCCAUGAAAUCAGGGAGGACGCCCCAGCCCCAGAGAGCCGCCCCGCCAGCAGGAACUCCAGCUUCCGCUCUGUCCUAGACUUCCGCUCCAACCCUGGGGUGGUCUACAGCUCCGUGAGAAAAGGCCAGCCCAAGAGGACAGAGUCAGACCGCAGGAGCUUCUACACAGACAGUAGCUUAGGCACGGCCGCCCCCAGCGAGCUGAAAGCCCCUCCUUUACCACCUGUGCUGAAAUGUGACAGCAGUUAUGGCCACCCUGUGUAACAAUGUUUUGGGUUGGGGUAAGGAUGAGCAUGAAACCUCUUAUCACAUUUUUUAAGUGGCAGUUUUAGGACAUUUUGCCAACCUUUAGUAUAAACAGCUAUAUCACAUGCAGGCCCGGCAUUACAGGAUAUGUAUAAUCUCAUUACCCAUGCCACUUCCACCCUGCACUUUGUGCAACAGACUGGGAACUAUUGGUGCAAUAGUGCAACUAUUGGAGAAAUGGUGCAAUGGAUAAUGUUUUAGUCACGUGAAGCUCAAUUGAGGAUUUUGCCAAUGAGAAUGAGUGAGAAAGAGAGAUUAUAUUUGUAUGACAGAUGUGAAUGUUUUUUAUUCUAUGUAUGACAUAUUUUGCCUAAUAGACAAGUAACCAAAAUGUUUGUCAUCUUUUCUAUAAUUUUACAAUGAAAACAGAUAUUUUACUAAUAAUUUGUUUAUCAAGCACGUGAUUCUGAAUCAGUUGUAUCCUGUAUAUCUAUUUGUGUCACCAAUCGAAAAAGCUAAUGACCCUACCCUCAACACACCAGGCCAAAUUCACGAGGCAACUCAUUUUGACUACGGUAGUGCUGCAGAUUUGAUUUUGAGACUGUUUCGUUGAAAAUUAUUUUCUAUGAUUGUUAAUAUGGAAUGACAUUGUGUGCCAGUCAGAUAUGUGAUUAAGAUAUUGAUUUUGAUAUAAAACUUGUUAACAACAGUAUGAAAUCAGACUGGCCUCAGAAGGCAGACAGCUCAGAUAAUAAAAGCUUGAAGAAAGUCUA